AUGUUAGGAGCGGCGGGGCGUGCGCGGGCCGCCGCCGCCUGCGGGCUGUUGCUCGCUGCCGCUUGCGGCAUCGCGCUCGGGCCCGCCUCAGCCUCAGGUAGCAGUGCAUUUACUAUUCGCCAUGAGAGAACCAACAAGUGCCUACAAGUUAAAAACUCACGGAUAGUGACAGGAGACUGCAAAGAGACACAUGAGACCUUAUGGAAAUGGGUCUCCCGAAAUCGCCUUUUCAAUUUGGGAUCCAAACAGUGCCUUGGACUAAAUCUAGCCAAUCUUCAAUUUCCUUUGAAAAUGGUUGAUUGUAACUCCCAGCUUAUGCUAUGGUGGCGAUGUGCUGAUGCUUCUGUAGUUGGUGCAUCCCGGUACAAGCUGACUUUGAAGAAUGAAAUUCUUGUAACUGCAAGUAUAAAUUCAUCAGACUGCUGGAGAAGAAACAACUCUUCUGAUGAUAUCUGCCAACAGCCUUAUCGGGAGAUCUUUACCAAGGAUGGCAACUCCUAUGGAAAGCCCUGCGAAUUCCCCUUUCAAGUUAAUAAGACCUGGUAUCAUGAUUGUAUUCGGGACGAAACACAUACAGGUGGUGAAUGGUGCGCCACAUCUGAUAGUUAUACUCGGGAUGGCUCCUGGGGAAUCUGCCUAAAACCAGAGGAUGGUUGUCAUGAUAUCUGGGAACAUGAUCCAGGAGCUGAAAGUUGUUACCAGUUAAACACACAGUCUGCUCUUUCUUGGAAAGAUGCUUAUAUUUCAUGCCUAGGACAAGGGGGAAAUUUAUUGAGCAUCCGAAGUGCAGCUGAAUUAAGUUACAUACAAGCUAAAGAUGGCAUUGCAGAGAGAUUUUGGAUUGGUUUAAACCAGCUGGACAUUUUUGGAGGUUGGCAAUGGUCAGACCACACACCUUUGAAUUUUAUUAACUGGAAUCCAGACAUGCAAAAUUCAUCUCCUUUGGGUGGGUCAAGUUGUGUAACGAUGGAUGCUACCUUUGGUCAAUGGCAAAGUUUCCACUGUGAUACUCCUCUUCCAUACAUCUGCAGGAAACCAUUCAACAAUACAAAUUCAGAAUUGCCAGCUUCUUCAGUCUCAGAUGUUUGGAAAUACAUAGAGACUCGGUGUGAUUCAGGCUGGCUCCCACACCAUGGAUUUUGCUAUAUGCUGGUAAAUAACCAGGUUUCCUGGAGUGAAGCAGAUCAGGUUUGCAAAAUGAAAAACAGUGACCUCAUCAGCAUACAUUCUUUAGCAGAAGUUGAAUUGAUUGUUACAAAGCUUCAAAAUGAAACUAAAGAGGAAAUAUGGCUGGGUCUCAUAAAUGAAGAUAUGCCAGCUUUGUUUAAAUGGUCUGAUGGAUCCAAAGUGGUUUUCACUUAUUGGGAUCAGAAUGAACCAAACAUUCCUUUUAACAGCACCCCGAACUGUGUAUCAUAUUCGGGACAGUUGGGCCGAUGGAGAAUCAAAUCCUGUGAAGAGAAGCUCAAGUACGUGUGCAUGAAAAAAGGAGAGAUUUUGAACGAAACAAAAUCUGAUAAACUUUGUUCCCUGAAAGAGGGGUGGGAGAGACAUGGAGACUACUGUUAUACCAUUCGUAACAGUGAAGUAUCAUUUGGAGCCCAGUGCAAUCUUACAGUAAUGAACAGAUUUGAGCAAGAAUUUAUAAACAGUUUGAUUGGAAAAUAUAGUAAAGUUGAAGCAAAAUACUUCUGGAUUGGCUUACAAGAUCUUAGUCAUUCAGGAAGGUAUACCUGGGGCAACGUAGAUGGGGAAGAAAAUGAAGCUGUGACGUAUACAAAUUGGAAUUCAUUGCAGCCAGCAUUUUCAGGAGGAUGUGUGGCAAUGCCAAAUGGGAAAUCCCUUGGAAAGUGGGAAACCAAGGACUGUAAAACAUUUAAAGCUUUUUCUAUUUGCAAAAAAAAUAUUGGGCCACCCAAACAGCCAAAAGUACUGCCUAAGCCGACCGAUCAGUGUCCUCCUGGAUGGCAAAAUGGAUCAGGCCUUGCCUGCUAUAAGUUCUUUCAUAGAGAGAGAGUGCUGAGAACCAGGACAUGGGAAGAGGCAGAGAGAUUCUGUGAAGCACUAGGAGGGCAUCUCCCUAGUUUUAGUCACUAUGAAGAAAUGAAGGAACUCCAUUCUCUACUAAGAGACAUAAUCAGCAAUGAUCGAUGGGUGUGGGUUGGACUGAACAAGAGGGAUCCAGAGUCUCUAGGAACUUGGCAGUGGAGUGAUGACAACUCUGUGACCACUCUUGUUAUGCCACUUGAUUACCAAGAAGAUGUCUAUGAUACUAGAGACUGUGCUGCAUUAAAGACCAUUCGAAUUUCGCGUAGACACUACUGGAGAUUUUAUCCAUAUGAAGGCAAAGAAUUGGAUUUUUACUUGAAACCUUUCCACUGUGAUGCUAAACUUGAGUGGGUUUGUCAGAUAACAAAAGGUAGCACUCCGAAGACACCAAAGUGGUACAUACCAGAUGCAGUUGGAAUUCAUGGACCAUCGCUGGUUAUUGACGGAUCUGAAUAUUGGUUUGUGUUGGACAAGCGCCUGAGCUACCAAGAAGCUGCUUUCUACUGUGAAAAAAAUGAUAGUGACUUAGCAUCUGUGGAAUCUUAUACAAAACUAAGGGGGAUCCUAAGUCAAAUAGAUAUGUUGGCAGGUGAAGAACAGAAAUGGUGGUUGAAAUUCAUAGAUUAUGGAUAUCAUUCACAUUUACAGUUGCGCCCACGUUUCUAUGAUCGAUUCUGGAGGGAUUGUUUGUAUGUUUCUAAAAGGAGCUGGUAUAGAGACUACCCAACAGACUGUAAUUUGAAACUGCCCUUCAUUUGUGAAAAAUAUAAUGCAUCCUUACUGGAGAAACAUGAUCCACAAUAUCGCCCAACAAAGGGAGGCUGUCCUAAAGACUGGAUUCAGUUUCAGAACAAGUGUUUUCUAAAGCUCAAACGUAGAUAUUUAACAUUUAAAGCUGCCAAUGAAAUGUGUGAAACUCUUGGAGGCACUCUUCCAUCAAUCACAAGCCAAGCUGACCAAGAUUUUAUAACAUCUUUGCUUCCUGAUAUGCCAAAAAACAUUUGGAUUGGUUUGCAGAUUUUGUACAGCACAAAGGAAAAUAAAUGGGUAGAUGGUAGUAAAUUGGUAUAUAGCAACUUUCAUCCAUUGCUAAAAGGAAAGCAAAGGAGGAUUCCAAUUGAUUUGUAUGAUGAGGAAAUGAACAAUCAGUGUGCUGUAGUGCUCAAUGAUCCCAAAAUGAUGUAUGUUGGAGCAUGGAAUUUCACUUCGUGUGGUGACACACACUUUUUGUGCAUAUGCCAGAAGCCAGUGGACCUAGGUCAUGCUGAAAACCUGACACAGCCAGUCCUUAAUGAAACAUUGAACUAUCAAAAUGUCCAGUACAGAAUAAUUCUGAAAAAUUUGUCCUGGUCUGAUGCAAUGAUGAAGUGCAGGGAGAAUAACAUGAUUCUGGUUAGCAUCACAGAUCAGUACCAACAGGCCUUUCUUGCUGUCCAAGCUGCCCAUUACAAUUACCCACUCUGGAUUGGACUCUCCAGCACUGACGAUGAAAAACAUUAUGACUGGUUUGAUGGAAAGCACAUUAGUUUCAGUCACUGGUCUGAAAAAGAUGAAGAAACAAGUGAUGACUGUGUGUUUUUGGAUACUGAUGGAUUCUGGAAAACUUCUGAGUGUUCCUCUGAAAAACUAGGUGCUAUUUGCUACUUGCCACAAAAUGAAACUGAAAAAAUUGUUGAACAUAUUACAUGUCCACACAAAGUUAAAAAUACACCAUGGAUAUCAUUUAAAAAUAGUUGUUACACUUUCAUGGUAACAAACGACAGAUGGCGAGGACUGAGAUCUCAAGAAGCUCAUCAUUUAUGCAAAACAAUGAAUCCAAAUGCAUUUGUUUUGAAUAUUAGAGAUGAGGAAGAAAACAACUUUGUUGUUGAACAGCUUCGUUCUUUAAGUGGCCUAGCUACAUGGGUAUGGUUGGGCUUAAUUUAUGAUGAUGCUGAUAAUUAUCUGAAGUGGUAUGAUGAAACUUACCUGUCUUACCAAAACUGGAGAGAAGGCAGACCUAAUGUAAAGAAGAAUCAAUUUUUUGCUGGUAUAAAUCAAGAUGGUUUCUGGGAUAUUUACAACUACACAGCAAAUUGGCAUCCUCAGCACUUUAAUCUGCACAGUAUUCUUGCCUGUAAAAUUGAAAUGGGGCCAAGAGAGACUAAGCCACCAUUGCCUGCUUCUAUACCAUAUGGAGAUAACACAUUCAAGAUCCUUCAGAAAAAAAUAACCUGGUAUGAGGCACUGAAAGAAUGCAAAAAAAAUGGGAGUGAUUUAGCCAGUGUACACAAUGAAUCCCAACAGCUGUUUCUGGAUGAUAUUGCAAAACGUGAUGGUUACCCACUGUGGCUUGGGUUGUCAAUCCAUGAUGGAAGUAAAUCUAAUUUUGAAUGGUCUGAUGGAAGUGUGUUUGACUACAAUCCCUGGGAAUUAGAAAGCUCAGCAUCUACUGGGAACUGUGUUCUAUUGGAUCUGAAAGGGUUUUGGAAUCGUACAAAGUGUACAGAUGUUGCUGAGGGUGCCAUUUGCUAUACCUCUUCAAAAAAGAGACAACUACAACCACAGCAAACAAAAGGCUCUCCCAGAUGUCCACAGAAUUCAGGAACAUCUCAGUGGCUUCAAUAUAAGGAGCACUGCUAUGCAUUUGACAUGGCAUUUUACAAUUUUUCAGUAUAUACUGCAGAAGAUGCUAAAAAAGUUUGCCAAAAAUUGGAUCCAUCUGCAGCACUUCUCACUAUAAAGGAUGCUGAUGAAAAUAAAUUUGUCAGCACACAGAUAAGGGAAAAUGACCUUAUCACUAAAAGUGUGUGGCUUGGAUUGUCUCAGAACUCCAAGGAUCAGUCAUUGACGUGGCUUGAUGGCUCAGUACUUAAUUAUGCCAACUGGAGAAAUGGAACUUCAGAAGUUAGUGGUAAAUGCAGUGUCAUCGUAUCCACAAAUGGAGCAUGGUCUGAAGUUGACUGCAAUAAUAGUCAAAGCAGAGUUGUAUGUAAAGCUCCUCUAGGUUCUAAUCAUGCUGGUGUGGCCAUAGCAUUUGCUCUCUUCAUAAUCAUAAUCAUAAUCGCUGGGUUAGUUUGGUAUCUCCAUAAAAAGAAACGGCUUCAAUGGGGUGGCUUCUCUGCAGUACAUUAUCAAAGGGGGAUGAAUGAAGAAGAAACUGAUAACAUGUUUGCUAAAGAUGGUUAAUGAGAAUCUAAUCUUGCUAGCUGUUUUAUUUACAAAUUUCACUAUGUGAAGCUAUGGGGAAACCAGCCACUAUAUAUUUUACUAGUUCUUUCCAAAAACAGAAUAAAAAGUUUAUUACCUAGAGGUGAUGUGUUCUACCUUCUGAUAUACCCUAAUUACCUGAAUCCAAGACAAGAUUUUUUCCUCAUUUAACAGGGGGAGGGUGUCAGGCCUGGAGUCAGAGCUGCAACACCUGCCCAUCCUUGCCGUCCAUCACCUCCAGCUCCAGUCCUCUCUAGUGAGGCAGCAGUGGGGGAAGCAGGUACUAGACCACACAGGCAUCAGGAGGGGCAAGUAGGAGGGACAAGUGAGGACAGGUGGCAGAGCGCAAUGUGUGGGGAGACAAGGGGUAGGGAUCGGGUUGCUUGACUCUCCUCCUGCCCUACUACUGCCUCCCUCAUCACUUGCUGCCCCAUCACCUGCCCCCCCAGCUACAGCAGUGGGGGAACAAAUUUAAGACAGCCCUCCAAUAAUUCGAUUCUAUACAUGGAAAAUGUAUAACACACUUAUAAAUUUUCCAUAUGUAGAACUUAAGUUCUGGGGGGGUCAUCUUAAUUUCAGAAUCAUCUUGCAUGUGGGUAAAUAUAGUAAGCAUGCAGCUUUCAUUCACAUUACAGGUAGCUAUCUGAAUUUGGAUUGUCAGUAAAUUUUAUUUAAGGCACAAGUUCCCUGAGCCUCUCUAGGUCAGUGCACCAGAUUAGUUUUGGAUACUGCCUCCUAAUUUUUUUUUUCUUACAGUACUAGCCUUCCUUUUUCCUUUAUUAUUAAAUAUUUUUUCACUUAAAAUACUUUAAUCAACCAUACACUUCACCUUUAAAACACUUUUUAAAUUGUGCAGAAGCUAUCUAGCUUUGUACAGGCAAUUGUUAAUUACAUCUUGGGUGCCAAAAGACAUACCAUUCUAUGUGUGUAUUAUAUGCUUUGUUGCUCUAGCAUUGGAUCACCAUGAAACAGCUAGCAUAAUGCAUGAUAAUACUUUGAUAACCAGAUUCAUGGUUUUGGAAUAACCAUGCCUGUAAUGUAGUAUCAACUGUUGUAUAAUACAGAAGGCCUUUAAUUAACUGAUGCUUAAUUACUUAGCUAGAGUCUUAGAAUUUGGUACAUAUGCUCAUUUUGGGGCAGGAGGGAAGGAACAAAUAUAAUCACUUUUUUUUCUUCAGAGGUCACCAAAAGCCAUCCUGUUAGUCAUAUUACAAUAGUUCAGUAAGUGUUCUUCAGAGCUAGAACUUUAAGUUUGGCUGUCUUCCUUCUUUAUAGUAUUCUGAGUGGAGGGAAAUAUCACAAGUUAGAGCGACUAUCUUCAAAUUAAAUAAAAUUUUAAAAAUAAAUACCCAUGCCAUAUUUAAGUCAGAGCCUGUUGUGGGUUCAUACAUGAAUAGUCAGUCAUGUCUUCCAAAGAUGAUAGUGAAUGUCAGCACAGCAGGUAUUAAGGGCUAAAUACAAACAUGAGAAAAAUUGAAGACGUACAUAAACACAGUCUGGUUUUCCAAGAGCAGUAACAUGAAUGUUGUGUUUUUCUUACUGUGAAAACUGUCCCUUUCAAAUGAGAUGUUUCAGAAUCUGCAUAGUACAAGCUGUGAAAAGAAAUGAUGCAGCUGAAGUGUUUUCUUUGGAAAUCAGUUUCCUGGCAUAGGGAGCAAGUAGAAAGGAAAAGAAAAAUCUUAUUUUAUGUCAUUAGCAAACGUACCUUAAAUAUACCAAAUUCUUUCCUAUGUUUAUUAAGCUAAUAUGAAAUCAGAUCAGUGCACAAGGAAGACCUUGUGUUACAGAGCUAAUGUCCCCAGUUUUAUGGUGAGGGCAUCCAUAAGAUUGCUAAACAGCAGUGCUGCCAGCCAAUUACAGGAGACUUACUGAGUACUUCCUAAGCAAAUACUUGCUAAUCCUGGACAGUGAGGAUGGGGAUGGGGCAGGGGAGGGGAGCAGACAAAGUAGGAGAAAAUAGAAUUAGUGCCAUACUCAAGCAGUCCCCCUGUAACUGGAGGAGCAAGGGGAAGUUCAUACUUUACUAGGUAUGGCUCUUCUGAUCAUAUAAUACAAAAAGGUAGAAGUUGCAGUUAGUCUUAAUGAAUGAUAACUGUAAGUCACCUAUAUUCUAAUUAAAGAUAGAACUUGGUGCUGGAUCAUGACAUGCUGAGGCACUAAACUACGUCCAUCUUAAGAGGCCUCAAACUAUGUCUAUUUUAAGAGGCACCAUACAGUAAAAAUAAUCCAUGAAAUCCACAACAAUGGAUGUUCAUGAAAUUUUAAGAUGAAUUAUUGUUAUUUCUGCACAAGUUUAUUAACUCAAUAUGAAUAACUGUGUAGCCAUAUCUAUGGGUAUUUUUGCCAUAUUGGAAUGAAAAUGUCCAGGUCUUUUUUCUUAUUUAGAGGCUCCCCAUAUUGCAAGGCCCUAAACUGUAGCUUAAGUAAUUUAAGCCUAAAUCCAGUACUGAUACAACUCAAUAACAAAUAAGGUAUUUCCUCUACAAUCAGUUUCAGGAAUUAAAUGAAAAUCUCUCUCAGGUAGUGAGUGGGAGGAAAUAGACAGCCACUUAAGUUAUGUU